GCCAACGAAGAAAGUGUCUGUUAUAAAUCAUUCUGCUUUUGCCUCCCUUCAACUUUCCUCUUUCCUUCCUCGCUGCCUUUAGGGAUUUCACUUUCCUCUUCUCUCUCGCCUUACCCGAAAUUCUCGAUCGCUCAAGAUGGAUCUACCAUCUUCCGGUGCUUCCUGAAGAUUUCUGAUCGAUCUCUUCUUUUAAGGAUUUACUUCGUCUGAUUUUUCUGGUUGUUUGUCUUUUGGGAACUGGAAAAUUUUGGAGCUCUACUCGCAGCUUGGAGAUUAGACUUGUUUGGAUUGCUCUUUCAUGAUGGAGGAUACCCGGUCAGUUGCUUCGCUCAUGGACUCUACAUCGUCCAAGAUUCAGCAGCUUCAGAAGGCGUUUGCUGAACUUGAAAGCCAGCGUGCGGUAACACUUAAUCUGAAGUGGAAGGAACUUGAGGAGCAUUUUCAUGGGCUUGAGAGGUCAUUGAAGAGAAGGUUUCAUGAGCUUGAAGAUCAAGAAAAAGAGUAUGAGACCAAGACAAAGAAAGCCCAAGAACUAUUGGAGAAAAAGAAGGCAGCUGUUGAAGCCAAGGAGAAGGCAUCGCUAGAAAGGCUUCAGAAGAAGAGAGACGCAGCUAUGUUUGCUAUCAACAGUGCUUUGGAUAAGUACAACAACGUUCCCAUCAGUAUCACUUCUGAUGGUGAACGUUGGGCACAAAAUGCUCGAGGAGAUUCACCCAAUGCCUUUGCUGCUGAUGGUAUUACCGAUGAUAAUCCGGAUGGUACUGUGCAAGAUGUUCAGAUCUCACCUGUGAUGGGAAAUUUUGAAGUGAAGGCUUAUCCACAGUUACUGAAACUGUGCGGUGAUAUGGACUCAACAGGGCUCCAUAAGUUUGUAUCAGAUAACCGCAAGAACCUUGCAUCACUAAAGGAGGAGAUUCCUAUGGCGCUCAAGGCUGCAGCAAAUCCAGCCAGCUUAGUGUUGGACUCUUUGGAAGGGUUUUACCCCAUGGAGGCACCAACCGCUGAUGGAAAGAAAGACGCUAACCUCUUGGGCAUGCGCAGGACCUGCAUCAUGUUAUUGGAAUGCCUUAGCAUCCUGUUAUCUAGUCUGGACGCCAACUCCCUUGAUGCUGUUCUCUCAGAAAAUGUUAAGCAUAGAGCAAAAACAAUUGCAGAAGGAUGGAAUCCACUGCUGGAAACUCUUGACAUGGAUGCUUGCAAUGGUAAUUCUUUGGAGGCUCAUGCAUUCCUGCAACUGCUGGCCACCUUUGCUAUUGUUUCGGACUUUAAAGAGGAUGAACUCUUGAAGCUGAUCCCCAUGGUUUCACGUCGCCGUCAGGCAGCUGAGCUGUGCCGUUCUCUUGGAUUAUCAGAAAAAAUGCCUGGUGUGAUUGAAGUUCUCGCAAACAGUGGAAAACAGAUUGAUGCGGUUAACUUGGCAUUUGCGUUUGAACUCACAGAACAGUUCCCACCUGUCGCAAUACUGAAAUCUUACUUGACAGAGGCAAGGAGAUCUUCCUCCCAAGGUAGACCGGGCAAUGCAUCUCCUGCUAUUCAGGAUGAGUUCAAUGAGAGGGAGCUCACAGGGCUUAAAUCUGUGAUAAAGUGUAUCGAAGAGCAUAACCUGGAAGAGCAGUACCCAGUUGAGCCACUUCACAAGCGGAUUCUCCAGCUGGAGAAGGCCAAAGCAGAUAAAAAGAGAGCAACAGAACCCACAAAGCCUCAGCCAAAGCGACCACGUGGUGCUCAACCCCGAGUGACUGACAACAACAACAACAACAACAACAAGACAGGAUAUGGUAGAGUCAUCCCUGAGAGGUAUCCACAGUAUGUGUAUGACAAUAGACCAUUCCUUAGUGGUCCAAUCAUGGCAGCACAAGCUCCUCCUCCGCCUCCUCCUCAGACUUACACCUUCAGUCCCGCUCCUGCUCACGGGAACUUCUAUGGGAACUGCUAUCAGUACCAGGCUCCUCCUCCUCCUCCUCCUUACUUUCACUAGUGACUUAAAACAAAAGGUGAUGGUGAAUGUGACUGUGACUCUCUUUCUCUCCUAUGGUGUUAACUUGUGGCAGCUCUUUAACCCCUACUCUCCUACUACUAGUCCUUUCCCUUUGAUGUUGUUGUGUAAGGAUGAUUUUAGUAUUUUUAAGGAUCAACCCUACCCAAAACAAAAGCAAAACAAAAAAAAUACUCGGAAUUUUCUGUUAAUUAUUAUAUUUUCAAUGUUGUAUUAUUCUC